UGCAACACUCUCAGUCAGACUCUAGUCGCUUUGCCGCUUGGAGCAGGCGUGACGCGCCGGCAAACGGAGAGGGCGAGAGAGGCAAGUCACCCCGACAUGUGGAGUGAGUGUGUGUAGUGACAUAACAGUGCAGUUGCAGUCCAAACAAUAUUAGCGUGGAAGUGCUCAGCAAUGGAUACCAAAAGUUCGAUCUGUUCACACGAGUGGCACAUCCCGCGGCCGUCACUGUCCGGCGGCAGCGACUCGCGCUCGCGCGGCGGCUCCGCCUCCAGCCAAGGCUCUUCCAGCAACCACAGCACCCACAGCGUGUCAUCGGGUUCGCUACUGCUAAGCGCUGCGCACCUCGCUCGCAUACACGGAAGAACUACGGAGCAGACCCAUCCCCCCAGAUUGGGCAAUAGCCGCAUAUCUAACUACGAGACCGCCGUGGUCACAAUUCCCGAAGAAACGAAAGAUUCAGAGUUACAAAGUAAUUACUGGAAGGACGUGAAGCGAGCGCCAGAGGCGGACACGGCGUCUAUAGCCAGCUCAACCCAUUUUACCGUCGUGAAUGGGUUCACGAAGCACCGAACUACGAAGGAACCAAAGUCCUGCUGCUGCAGCCAUUCGCACCAGAUCACUGUCCUCGUCAUAUCGAUGACGAUUCUAUUCUCUGCGUGCAUUCUCGCGGCUAUAUGUUUUGUUGAAAUGAGAAUGCGGAAAGAGACCGGCAUGUACAAGUAUUCUUAGAAGAAAUUUUAGAUUUAAGAUUCUGAAGCUGCACAAUCUUGACUGUUUAAUCUUCGAUUAUACUAACUUGCAAUGUGAACUUUAUAUCCUACGGAGCAAAGGCGUUUUUGCAAGAAAACAAUUGAGGUAGAGUCAGUAAAUAAAGUCAGUAGAGGAUCUGCAGCGCGUCAUAGUAUUAUAAAUGUAAUGUAUAAGUCACUAAUGCAGUCUAUGUACUGUCAAAUAAAUGGAACCCAGGGCCGCAGUGGAAUAAAUUUGCCUCAUAAUAUAGUCUAUCCAAGCAUAUCCUUUUUUCCCAUGAUAAUAGGAAAUAAACGGUUAGAAUUUAUUUAGUAACUACCAUUGUGGCCCAGAUUACAUUUAUUAAUAGAAUGAGUAUACAUAUAUUAUCUUGUAUGGGUAUGUGUAUCUUGCACCUUACAAAUGGUGUAAUUUAAUAUAACUUAAAACGAACAAUGGGAAAUGAACUUAAGACCCACGUUAAAUAAAAAUUAUUCCCUUAUCUACACACGUGUUUUUUAAGUGGAAAUUCAGCUCAGUCUCCAAGUAAAUCAAAGCUUUUAACCAGUGAACAUAAAUAUAAUUGAAAAUUAGAAUGUCAUUAUUGUCAAUUCAAUAUAUUAAACCUUUUCUGCAGUCAUACUUCUAUGCAAUUUGUUAGGAGCUUUCAUACAUUUACUUUUAUAUAAGUAGGUAGUUAUGUAAUGGCAAUUUUCAGAUUAAAUAGCGUCAGUUGCGCUAGUUUUCGUCCAGUUCUAGUUUUCGUCGACUUAACGAAAUUUGAUUAAAACGUACAUUGCCGCACAAUUGGACUAAUUGCGAUCCUUAGCGUCUAAACAAUAUAUCUAUUAACAUAAAAAUGAUAUUUAGCAAGUAGCAAAUUAAAAAUGAAAUAUAUUAUGCUGAAACGAAUGAAACUAGCUUAAUGAUUUUAAUGACACUAUGUUGUAUUUAAUUUUUAAGAUAAAUGUGCAAAGUUGCGAUCCAGUGAUUCCGACUUAAGAGCACAACUUUGGUAUAGCUAGGUUCAAUUUUAAAAGAGGAAACAGUUCAGAACAGAACCUCGAAAACAAACUAUCUGUAUGGAGUGAGACCAACUCACAUUUUCUAUCUUGAACCAACUUUUGCAAAAAGAGGAUUCUGCAAGUAUUUGAGCAAAUUUUAGCACUUGUAAUGUACACUGGUUAUAAAAUAUUAGUGCAAUAUAUUAUCAUUAUCCAGUAACUUAUUUAGUUCAAUUUAGUUAUAAAUAUUUAAACUAAUUGGUGUUAAUUUAUAUAAGUAUUGUGGAUGUGAUUGUUGAUUGAUGUUGGUACUUGGAAAAAUUCGACCUAUGCCGCUGUGGUCGGUGGCCGAGUGGCUUAGGCACCUGCCGCGAUAGCAGAGGACGCUGGUUCGAUUCUAGCCUGGGGCACUGGAGGCCUUGGUCACUUUUUCUUAGUAUAUGACAUUUAUUUCAGUUGAUGUUGGUUUCUUGUUAAAUAGGAUGAAUGAAUAGUAUAGUUCGUUUUUUAGCAUUAGAAAAAAGUAAACAAUCGUGACGUAUAUUUUUAUUGAAAAACACCUUUGAAAAAUAAGUACCGGCAAAUAUGUAACAAUUAUAAAUUAUAUACGAUUACUUACAUUCUUUUGCUUUACAUUUACAUUCUACUGAUUUUUAAAAAGCGUUUUUCAAUUAAAAGCUUUUCAAUUAAAUUUUUUUUCAACGUCAAGAUCGCGUAGUCUUUUUCUAAUGCUGACAAACGAACUUUAGAGAGUAUGGAAGUGCCAUUAUAAACGUCAAACUCCGAAAGUCGGACCAAACUAACUCUGCAACGCUGCUGGCAUUUGCAAUAACAAAGAGUGGCGAGAUGUCUUUGAAUUUGUUUAUGAUAUUUCUAUGAACUUAUGACGAUUACUAUACACUGUAUAAUGACACUCUCACACUUUGUUCGGUUCAAUUUAGAGCAAAGUUAGCUUAGAUGGACUUUACGAAAAUAAGUGUAUAUAGUGGCGCUGCCAAACUUUGUGUGCAGAGUUAGCUUAGUCGUUUAACGAAAAGGUACCAAGUAAUGUAUGAAAUUAAAGGCUAUUAUGAAAAGGUUGCUAUUACAACGCCGUAUUUAGGAAUAUUGGUAGGUACCUUUCUCUUAAGCGUAUCUUGUUAAUAUUUCAGUGAUAGUUACAUAGCUAGAACUUAAGGUCAUUUCAUACAAAUUAAGGCAUUUUAAAUUUUGUGUAACCUAAUGUGGACUUUAUUUCGUUGCGUUAAUGUCCACGAAUAAACGAAAAUUGUGAUGUUUCACGGAAAAGGUACCUUAUGGCGGCUGGCGCUUACGUCGCAUAGCGCCGUAAUAAUAUUGGAGCGACGUUAAUAAUAGCGUAAGCGCCAUCCGCCAUAAGGUACCUUUACCCGUUGGACGUCACAAUUAAUAUUGGUGGUGCCUAGAUACGUUAUACGAAUACGUUGUUAUAUUGUUCUUUUGUUCUCAAUCUAAUCAAGGCCACUUGACGAGCCAUACUUAACCAUUUACCAGGCUGAUAUUUCAAAAAUGACAAUUGAAUGUCAGUUUUACUCAUCGAAAAUAGAACACAUGUUUGAAGUGCCGUAUGUGGGAAAUAUAUAUCCCUUAGCCUGGUAAAGGGUUAACCCCUUAUUCAUAAAACUUUACGGGCCUGAUUUGGUUAUGUUUUAUUCCUUUUCUCACAAAUACAAAAGUCAAAAUGACAGAUAAAGACAAACGAUUACCAGUUAAUUGAGGUUUGUAGCGCCACAGAAUAAAUAAUAGUAGUAGCGCGUUUAUGAAUAAGGGGGUUAAUCUUUUCUAAAGGUGUCAUGGUGAAAUCAGUUUUUUGUUGUAAUUCUAUUAGUUUUAACCCAGAUCCCUUUUUAGAGGAAAAGGAUUAAGUAGUUGAAAGUUGUAAAUUUUCGUUAUUUUACAUGAAAAUUUGCAUCUUUUAUAUGUAAGAUUACUUAGUAGAGCAAGAAAAUGUUCUAUUACCAUAAAUUGUAAAAUAUCAAUAAGGAAGAACUGUGAUAAAAUUAAACAGAAUAUAUCCCUGAGA